AUGUUUCACGACGAGGAACCACAAACUAAAGUUGCUUAUAUAGAUUCUUUAGUAGAAACAACCAAAAAUAAAAAAAAAAUUAAACAGGUUCGCUUUAGUAAUGUUGAGACAUUUAUAUCCUCACCCAAGGAGAAUGCGAAAUUACCUGUAAACUGUAAGCCGGUAUCAAUUUUACGCAAUUCUUCCACAAAAUCCAAAGCCGCUUCUAGUGAUUAUUUUAAUGAUUUGCUUAUCAUUAAGCCAAUUGACUUAACUGAAGAGAAUAUUAGAGUACCUGUGACAUCAACUAAAACUCGCAAUGAAAUUGAAAAGGUAAAAAGUGUUUCUCAAAAUAAUGUAACUUCUACGUCUGGUCUAAAGUCAGCCGUUGAUGACAAAGAAGUAUCGAUUUUAUGGAAUUCACCUUUUGCUGAUGUGAAAAGUGGUGGUAUUUACGUUAAAAAUAUUGAAACUGGUAUUCCAGCUAAGUUGUCUGUUGAGAACAUUACCGCCAACAGUGUUUCCAAUAAGAAUUUUAUACCCCCCAAAAAAGAUAAUAAACUUUCCAACAAAACUACUGGGAACAAGAAUUCUAUGAGUUCUUCAAUUAAUUCUAGUCUUCGAGCUAAACCAUCUAUAAAAGAAAUUUAUGGUAAAUACAAUUCUGGUGGUAAUAAUCCUUUAAUAAAAUACGUUAGACCUAGAAGUAAACAGCAAAUUCGUUUGCUCACAACUCAGAUCAUGGAUGAUUACAAAAGAAGUAAGAAACUUAAAGGUAAGCUCUCUCCCUUAGACACACCGCGCGUAAGGUACUCUCCACUUGCAGUUCCGAAAAAACCAAGUAUACAGAACAUGCAUGCUGAAAAUAUGCUUAAACUUUUGGAACCUGUAUCGGAAGAAAUAAAAUCGAAGUUAAAGCAAUAUCGCAUUAGUGGAGGCGCAGAAUCUGACGUUGCAGAUACAAUGAAAGAGGAACUUCACGUAGACAUUACCAUUACUGAUUCCACCACUACUAUUGGUGAACGGCAACCGCUUACAUUAGCUUGUUCCGAUGAUGAAAAUAUGGAUGAAGUACACAAAACACGAAAUAGAUCAAAAUCAAAAGUUGGAAAAACCUCAGAGCCUACUUCUAAAGAUACUGGCGGGAAAUCAAUUUAUUUCGACCGUAUAUUUGAGCACUUGGAUGCCAUGGUUAAUAAAAGUAUAUCAAAUGCUAAAGCAAUUGUUGCAGAAAAUGAUUACAAAGAUGUUAAGAAGACAAAGAAGCAAAAUAAUAAGAUUGAACAGAAUAAAAAGAUAAAAAGUAGAGUUUCUAAGUACGAUAACUACAGAUUGGGAUUAAAUAAUGUAAUGGCUGAACAUAACGUUCCAGAAAGUAAUGAAACAGAUAAACCAACUGAAGGUGGUGCUGAAUCUCUACUUUGUGGUAUUAAUAGUCCUAGAGAUAAAUAG